AUGAAGAAGCAUAAUAAUAAGAAGCACCAACAAAAUAAUUUGAAGUCAUCUAUUAAGUCACAAAAAAUCCUUCUUUUAUACAUAUAUGUAUGUAUAUUUACAGCUAUUAAACGCCAGUGGGCAUCAGAAGUUACAGCAUUCUCUUCACAGUACGACGCCACUCGAUACUCGGCUAUACAGAUUUUGGGAAGACCCAAUGUUUAUCCUCGCUAUGGUGAUAUUCCGGGAACAUGGACACAGGCAAGGGGACAGCAGAAUGCUCAUCAGUUUAUACAGGUCAAAUUUGUAGAAAAGGUGUGGAUCACUGAGGUUAAUAUAUAUGAAACAUAUCAUGCUGGAGCUGUCACGAGAAUAUUGGCGAAGAACAAAGUAAACCAGUGGGUUGUAAUUUUCAAGGUUUCGCAUGCACAUUUAAUAAGAAAGUCUAGGAUAUUUUCGCCAAAACUACAAAAAGUAAAUUUUCCUGUAAACGAGCUACGAAUCGAAGUUGAUUGUUCCGUGUCCCGUUCAUGGGUUGAGAUUGACGCAGUUGAAAUUGUUGGAGGUGACUGUCCAAAACAAUUUCAAAAACUCUGGGAUGCUUGUUAUCUGAUUCAAAAAGAUAAAGUGUCAGCUGACACAGCAUUUGCUAAUUGUUUAGACACAGGUGGAUAUGUGGCAAACUUCGAAACUCUUGAAGAGGCUUUGCAAAUGAAAGAGAUUCUAAACAAAAUGAAUACAGGGAUACACUUCUACGUGGGGGGAAGAAACAUCAACAGGCGAAAACCCGUUGGGGACUGGAGAUGGAUCAAGCACGGACAAAUGACUGACAUGAAAUAUCACGCCUUUGGAGCCGGGGAACCUAAUGGAGUGGACCGCUCUCCCCAAGACUACAUGUUCUUUUAUGCAGGAGAGCGGUACACGUUCCACAAUGUCUUUUGUGAUAAUGGUACAUAUCUUGGUGGCUAUAUUUGCGAAGCUUGAAAAUUGUUCGUGUCUUUAAAAUGUUGUUCCU